UCUCAAUGGUCUCUCUCUCCUUCGUCGCGACUCACCAAAAGACAUGCAUUCACGACUUCUCCGUCUUCUCUCUCUCGAUUCUGGGCGACUCUGAUGCGAACCUCGUCCAUCGAGCCUCGUCGUCUCUGUCCCGAGCCUCGCCUUCUCUCCGUCGAGCCUCGUCGUCUCUGUCCCGAGCCUCGCCUUCUCUCCGUCGAGCCUCGUCGUCUCUCUCUCGAAAUCUCGGCGUCCUCUGUCUCGAAAAUCUCGGCGUCUCUCUCUUGAAUAUCUCUGCGUCUCUGUUGCAGUUCGGCGUCUCUGAAUCAAAGCUCGUCGUCUCUCUCCAGACUCGUCUCUGUCCCGAUCCUCGUCGUCUCUCUGGGAAUCUCGUCUCGAUCUCCUUAUCAGUAAGAAAUCAUCCGUGUGAUUUGAUUUUUAUGUUACUGCUGUCUGGAUUUUGGUUUAUCUGUUAGAUUAGUACUAGAGUUUUGAUUCAAUCUGUUAGAUUAGUACUAGAGUUUUGAUUCCUCUGUUUUGUAUUAAGUAGCGAUGUUGGGAUUGAUUGUUUGUGGAAUCGAAAUGCUUAAGUUAUGACUUAUGAGUUAUUUUGUGUUAUUAAAAUUGGUUAAGGCUCUGUGUUCACAUGAUCAUACGAACAUGUUGUUGUUUUCUGUUGUUGUUAAGGUUUUUUUACUUUUCUGUUCUUGUUUUCGUUUAUCUCAUUACAGAGAACAAUGUUUUAAUUAAACUUGGUUUGUUGGUUGUGCGAGGGCUGAGGAUGUGCGUGGAAGAAAGGUAGCUGAAGACAACCAUCAAAGCUUCUGUCUUUCAAUUCACAGUUGAGAACAGGUGGAGAAUAAAGCCAAGACUUAACAACUUCUUGUGACAGAAGGAGCCAACACCGAAGACAUCUUCUUGUGACAGAAGGAGCCAAGACAACUAGCUGUCUCUAUUUUUUAAUAAAUUGUUUUCUACAAUUUGUGAGUCUGUAUGUUUUCUAUAAGUGUGUGUCGUAAAAACCAGUGUCAAACAUAUCAAUUCUCAUUUUCGAAACAACUGUCUCAUUCUUUCAAAAAAAAACUCUCCUUCUCAUUUCUCUUAUCCAAGUCUCAUCCAAGUCUCCCAUUUGACAACAACAACAACUCUCGUUCUCUGACCAUUUUAAUUUCACUUCCAAGUCUCCCGUUUUCUUACCAUUUCAAAAUUUCUUUGCCAUUAAUAAAUUCAAAUUUACUCUCCCGUUUUCUAAAUGGAUGCUUCUUCUUCUGAUAAUUUUGACGACUUUAUGGAUGAAAAGUUCGAUCAAAUUUUCGAUCAACAAUUCGAUAAUCUUCUCAUUCGAGCUGAAAAUCGUCAAGAAGCUUCAAGAUCAAAAAAGAAACGAGCUUACAUUGAAAGACAACGAGAACAAGGGCACUUACAGUUAUGGAACGACUAUUUUAGUGAAGAUGCAACAUAUCCUUCUCACAUGUUUCGACGCCGUUUUAGAAUGAACAAGUCGUUGUUCAUGCGAAUCACUGAUCGACUCUCCGCUGAAAUCCCAUACUUUCAACAGAGAAGAGAUGCUACUGGAAGGUUAGGUCUCUCUCCGCUACAAAAGGCAACGGCAGCAAUUCGUAUGAUGGCAUAUGGUUGCCCAGCUGAUGCGGUCGACGAAUACCUCCGACUUGGUGAGACUACUGCGCUUUUAUGCUUAGAACAUUUUGUUCAAGGAAUCAUAGAUUUAUUUGGAGCUGAGUAUCUAAGAACCCCCACUCCAGAAGAUCUUCAACGACUACUCGAUAUUGGAGAGAUACGCGGAUUUCCCGGGAUGAUAGGAAGCAUUGAUUGUAUGCACUGGGAGUGGAAGAAUUGCCCGACCGCAUGGAAAGGACAAUAUACACGGGGGUCCGGAAAGCCAACAAUUGUUCUUGAGGCUGUAGCUUCACAAGACCUCUGGAUAUGGCACGCGUUUUUCGGCCCUCCAGGUACAUUAAACGAUAUCAAUGUUCUUGAACGAUCACCAGUUUUUGAUGAUAUAUUACAAGGUCGAGCUCCGAAAGUUAACUACACUGUCAACGGACACGAGUACCGUUUGGCUUACUAUCUCACAGAUGGUAUUUAUCCAAAAUGGGCUACGUUUGUCCAAUCUAUUCCACUUCCGCAAGGUCCAAAAGCAUCUUUAUUCGCUACAUAUCAAGAAGCUGUACGUAAAGAUGUCGAGCGAGCUUUUGGGGUCUUGCAAGCUCGGUUUGCUAUAGUCAAAAAUCCAGCUCUUUUAUGGGAUAAAAUAAAAAUUGGAAAGAUAAUGAGAGCUUGUAUCAUUCUACAUAAUAUGAUCGUCGAAGACGAACGAGAUGGGUACACCCAGUUUGAUCUUUCGAUUUUCGAAACAUCGGAUUCAAACCGAAGUUCAGAAGUGGAUCUCUCGUUUUCUACAGAUAUGCCUUCAAAUCUCGGCAAUAUGAUGAGUAUUCGGAAUCAAGUUCGUGAUCGAACAAUACAUCAACGAUUGAAAGCGGAUUUGGUUGAGCAUAUAUGGCAAAAAUUUGGAACAAAUUAAGAUUUCAACUAAUCUGUUUUUUCUCGUCUACUGUUUAUAUUUGUAUGUUUAAUAUGCUCUUAUGUCAUUUUUAAUAAAAAUGUUAUGUAUCAAUUUCUUUCAUAUCAUUCAACUUAAAAAAAAAAAAAAAAAACUUAAGUACCCCAAUGUGGUCCUGCCAAUGGAAGAUGGAAAAAUAAAUUAGAUUAAUAGAGGUACUUAACCUUUCAAAUCACUACAUUAUAUAUUAAUUUAAUUUUAAGUACCCAUUAGGGGUCCUAAUGGAUGGAGGUGGUCUUACCAUGCUAAACCUUUACAUCAUAUUCCUUGGAGUAUCACAUAACAGGUUAAUAUUCAGCUUGAGUAGACAGAACAUCCUAAUAUUCUUUGGAUCCGAUUCUUAUUAGGAAUUUACAGCAAUUCCAUUACAUAGAUAUUCUAUAAGUUUUGACAAAAAAAAAGAUAUUCUAUAAGUAUCUAAGCACAAAUAAAGAGGAAAAGAUGAAUGCAGCUUUGAGUAAAGGCUCUUCUUCGCUUUCUAUUUUAUCGUUUUGUCUGGCUUGUCUUCUACGCAAUGAGGUCACUGAUGUUGGUGUUUUCUCGUUCUUUGUUGUUCUGUCUGAAAGAGAAGCAGAAGUAGUAAGAGAAUACAUGGAGGAAAAGAUUACUUGAACAGCUAUGUUUAGCAUAUGGUUAGAGAUAUUAAAAAGAUUACAGCAUGAAUUCAAUAUUUAAAAAUAGAAACUCACAUACCAUAUUGUUUCAAAAAUUGUAAAAAAGUUUUGAAAGUUUGACAUGAUUGAGAUAUACUAAGAUUACGUCUAAAACUCUUUUAUUGGUAUGGUCAUUGAUCUAAACAAAGAAGUCUCUAAUUAAAACAAUGGAGGAAAAUAGCUUUUGGACUCUAUCCAUUGCAUAUAUCAGUGGUGGAAACUAACUUACUAUCCUCCAUUAAAGCACCUCGAGUCUCCUAAAAGUUUAUCUCUGGUCGGGUUGGGCAAAACCUAACUAGAGAAAGAGCGUAAUAAACAAGACAUAUCUGAUCAACCCGACCCACUUUAACCUCUUUGUUGGCCGCGUAACAUGUUCUAACGCGGCCAUCUCACAAAGAACAUACAU